AUGUCGAAAAAAGGAAAGACUAUUCAGCAUCACAUCUUCUCCUCUAUAUGGAGCAGUAUAAAGGAUGAAUUUGCGGUGAUUAUGGAAAACACUAUUUGGCUUCUUGACAAUGGGGAGGAGAUCAAUUUUUGGAAUGAUAAUUGGUGUGGAGCACCUUUAGCUGAUCAGUUCAAUAUUCCAUUUCAAACUAGUCAAUUGCUUUCCUCUAUAGUGAGUGAUUACAUCUUAAAUGGUCAAUGGAAUAUUCCACCUCAGUUAUCUCAGGCGUUCGACAAUCUUACUUCAAUUGUUCAUCAAGUUAUAAUCCCCAUGGAUCAAUCUCAAGACAAACUCUUAUGGAAACAUACUGAUUCUGGGGAUUUGGAGCUCAAGGAAGCUUAUCAAUUUAAAAUGCAACAGUAUCAGGACUUGCAUUAG